CAGCAAAAUGGCAGCUUCCAUGGCAGGUUCUUCAGAAAAACCAGUUCUGGAAGCAUUACAUCUAGAGGGUCUGAAUGAACCUGUGUCAUCUUUAGUACAAAAUAAUACUAGUAUGAUGGGUGAUAGAUGUGAACAGAAUCCAUGUUUAUUGUGUGAUGACGUCUCGGAUAAAAAGGAUGAGUUACUGGCACAUCUUGUUAUGAAACAUAAAUUUGUUAUAGCUGAUGUGAAUUUAAUCUCAAACUUUCAAAGAUAUAUAAAGUACUGGAAGAAAAGACUAAAAGGACAACCAGUAACUGAUUUUUGUUCUGUUAUAGUAACAAAUACUGAUGUCAAAGAUGAAGAUCCAAAAGAAGAAUUUUAUUUACUCUGUGAUGUUCUUCCUGAAGAUAAAGAUCUUAGACAAUUCUUACAGAAACAAAAAUUGGAAGAAGUAUUAGCUAGUCAACAGAAAGAAAGAGAAGAUACAACAUUCUCUAGACAAUGUUUAUUUUGUAAAGAACAUUUUACUGGUAAUAGAAGUGAGAUGAUAAACCACAUGGCAUCAGAUCAUUCUUUUAAUGUAGGGUUACCUGAUAAUAUAGUUUAUACUAAUGAGUUUUUAGAUGAAUUGCAGUCUAUGUUAGAUAAUUUAAAAUGUUUAUAUUGUGAGAAGACAUUUAAAGAUAAGACAUCACUGAAGGAACAUAUGAGAAAAAAACAACAUCGUAAAAUAAAGGCUAACAACAGAAAAUAUGAUAAAUAUUAUGUUAUUAAUUAUCUGGAAUUGGGAAAGAAUUGGGAAGAAAUUCAAUCAGAAGAAGAUUAUCAUAAUACAGAUGAUGAUGUGGAUGAUGAAAAUGAAAAUGAAGAAGGAGAUUGGUAUAACUGGAAAGAAGAGUCAGGAGCACAAGCUGUUUGUUUGUUUUGUGAAUUUUCAUCCAGUCAUCCAGACAGGUUAAAAGCACACAUGCAAGAACUACAUGAUUUUGACCUUCAUGAACUGAAGCUUAAAUUGAAUCUGAAUUUUUACCAGAAAGUAAAAUUAAUUAACUACAUAAGACGACAGGUAUAUCAAUGUUUGUGUUAUGGUUGUCAUGAAGAAUUAGAGAAUAAACAGACAUUACUAGAUCAUAUGCAUACAACUGGUCAUACAUCUAAAAUACCUCCAGUUAGUGUAUGGGACCAACCUCAGUAUUAUUUUCCCACAUACGAGAAUGAUAAUCUAUUAUGUCAGUUAGAGGAUGAUGAAGAGGGAUUAGAUGACGAAGAUGCCACUGUUCCUAUUAUUGCUGAAGAUUUACCGGUUACCCAUACAACAUCUAUUGUUACUGAUGAACUUAGGCAAGAGUUACUAUGGUUGUGAUUGAUUGUUUCACCAACACUGCUGGUCGGGACUAGAGUUAUCUCCCCUUUUACCAAUUGGAAAGCUGAUUGUGGUCAUCUUAUUAAACAGAGACAGAACAGUUUUGCAGUUUGAAAUAUUGUAAUGGGGUGUUUGAAAUGUAAAUUAUAUGUACUGUGAUAUUAUAUGAAUAAAUUAAAUGUUACAUAUAGAA